AUGGUUCCCAAAAUAGUUCAAUUUCUCAUUCUCUUAUAUCUAUUUACGGUUACUUUUGCUUCCAAGGAGGAAGAAAUUGCCCUCCUAAAAUGGAAAGCAACUUUCAAGAACCAGACUAAUUCCUUAUUGGCUUCAUGGACUCAAAGUUCGAAUGCAUGCAGGGAUUGGUAUGGAGUUAUGUGCUUAAAUGGUAGGGUAAGCAAGUUGGAUAUUCAAGGUGCUCGUGUCAUCAGUACACUCGAUGAUUUUCCAUUUUCGACUCUUCCUUUUCUUGAAUAUGUUGAUCUUAGUGUGAAUAAUAUCUCUGGAACUAUCCCACCUGAAAUUAGUAAUCUCACUAAUCUUGUCUAUAUUGACUUGCACACCAAUCUGAUUUCAGGCACAAUCCCAUCACAAAUCGGGUCAUUAGCCAAGCUCCAGAACAUUUACAUCUAUGACAACCUUUUAAAUGGUUCCAUUCCUGCUUCAUUGAGUAAUUUGACCAACUUGUCUAUUUUGUUUCUUUAUCGGAAUAAUCUUUCUGACUCGAUUCCUACCGAAAUAGGUUACUUAAGGUCUCUUACUUCUCUAGAUUUGGGUACUAAUUCUCUUAAUGGUUCUAUUCCUACUUCAUUGGGAAAUUUGACCAGCUUAUCUAGUUUAUUUCUUAAUGGGAAUCACCUUUCUGGCUCUAUUCCUGCUUCAUUGGGGAAUUUGACCAGCUUGACCUCUAUGUAUCUUCGUGAGAAUCAUCUUUCUAGCUCCAUUCCUGAAGAAAUAGGUUACCUAAGGAAUCUUAGUUAUUUGGAUUUGUCUACUAAUUUUCUUAAUGGUUCUAUUCCUGCUUCUUUGGGGAAUUUGAACAACUUGUAUCUUUUGUCUCUGUAUGCUAACAACCUUUCUGGUUCGAUUCCAAGUGAGUUGGGGAAUAUAGGAAGACUUGUUACUAUGUUUUUGAAUAUUAAUCAACUCAUUGGUUCAAUUCCAGAUUCCUUUGGCAACUUGAGAAACUUGCAAUGGAUGUAUCUCCACAACAACAAUCUCACUGAGAAAAUUCCUUCAUCUUUCUGCAAUUUGAUGAAAUUGGAAGUGGUGUAUUUGGGGAGAAACAACUUUAGGGGAGAAAUUCCGCAAUGUCUAGUUAAUAUCAGUGGACUCGAGGUAUUGAAAAUAGAAGAUAAUAAUCUCAGUGAAGAUAUCCCUUCGUCUAUUUGCAAUCUAACAUCACUAAGGAUUUUAGAUUUGGGUAGAAACAAUUUGAAGGGAGCAAUUCCACAAUGUUUUGGCAACAUGGGUGGUCAUCUUGAGGUUUUGGAUAUCCACCAAAACAAUCUUUAUGGGACCCUUCCAGAAACUUUUAGCAAUGGAAGUGUACUCAGAAACUUAGGCUUGCAUAACAAUGAAUUAGAAGGAAAAAUCCCCCGAUCUUUAGUCAAUUGUAAAAACUUGGAAAUUCUUGAUUUAGGAGACAAUCACUUCAACGACACAUUUCCAAUAUGGUUUGAAACUUUGCCAAAUCUGAAAGUUUUAAGCUUGAGAUCGAACAAAUUACAUGGGCCAAUUAGAGCUUUAAGUAAUGAAGACAUGUUUUCUGAGCUUAGAAUCAUAGAUCUCUCUUACAAUGCUUUCACAGGAAACUUAUCGACUAGUCUGUUUCAAAAAUUGAAAGCCAUGAGGACAAUUGAUCAAACAGCGAAGGUACCAACAUAUCUUGGUAAAUCUGGAGAGAGAGAUUACAAUGAUUCUGUAACAGUUUCAUUGAAGGGAAUGGAUUUUGAACUGGAUAGAAUUUUGACAAUUUAUGUCAAUAUUGAUCUUUCAAGUAACAACUUUGAAGGGUAUAUUCCAAGUAAUCUCGGAGAUCUCAUUGCACUUCGGGGUCUAAAUUUGUCUCAUAAUAGAUUGCAAGGUAAUAUACCAACAUCACUUGGAAAUUUAUCUUUUGUUGAAUCAUUGGAUCUUUCGUUUAAUCAGCUUUCAGGAGAGAUACCACAACAACUUGUUGGUCUUACAUUUCUUUCAUUCUUAAAUCUCUCUCACAAUCAUCUCCGAGGAUGUAUUCCUCAAGGACGUCAAUUUGCUACAUUUGAAAAUAAUUCAUAUGAAGGUAAUGAUGGAUUACAAGGAUUCCCUAUUUCGAAAGGUUGUGGAAGUAUUUGGCCGCCAGAGACAAAUAAUGGCGAUUAUGAGCCAGAUGAUGAAGAAAGCAAUUCUGAAUUUAUGAAUGAUUUUUGGAAAGCUACUCUUAUGGGAUAUGGAAGUGGGCUAUGUAUUGGAGUAUCCAUUAUAUAUAUCAUGAUCUCAACUGGAAAUAUGAUAUGGCUUGCAAGAAUCAUUGAAGGGUUGGAGUACAAAAUUAUUAUGCGACAGAGAAAAAGGCAGCAAAGUCAAAGGCACUAA